AUGGAUAGAGUUUCCCCAGGACGGGAGCUGUUCCUUGAAAUCUACAAGAAAGAGCCAGAGAAGGAUAUGGCCUCCCUUGAUUGGGAUCCCUUCUCUGAAAUUCUUGAAAUGGAGCCGAAAAUAAUGGAUAUGGGCUCCCCUGAAUGGGAUCCCUUCUCUAAAAUGCUUGAAAAGGAGUCGAAAACAAUGGAUGUUGUCUCUCUAGGAUCGCAACCCUUUUCUAAAAUGCUUGAAAAGGAGUCAAAAACAAUGGAUAUCGUCUCUCCAGGAUCACAACCCUUCCCCGAAAUCCUGGAAAGGCGAGUGGAUCUGAAACUAUUGAUCUGCUGGACGGAGGCAGCCGAAGCUAAAAUAAUAUGUACCACUGAAUCUGGUGCAGCUCAUACUAAUCGUUAUCUGAGAGGCAAGUUGUCUCAUGACAUGCUUGUGAUCGAAGCUACACAGUUGGCAAAAUCUGCAAUAUGCUAUGCUGCAUAUGGAGCUUUUGAAUGUGGUGAUUUUGUCAGUGUUUACCACAUAAACAAGACUGGGUUGGAAGAGCUCAUCUCCAGUGAUAAUAUAGAAGAGUGGCAACUGAAGAAUAUGUGCACUAGAGAGAGAGAAUUCUAUGGAGAUCUCUGCGUCUCAAUUUGA